AUGUGUCGACAAAAUGGAUAUGAAUCUUCAAAUAAAGAGAGAAAGCGAGCAAACGACGGUGCGAUAAUCGAAAAACUCGUGGAAGAAUCGAAAACGUUUCAAUCCGUGAUCGAGAAGGAACAAACACCGCACUUUGUACUGUUUCAUAAGAGUUACAUCAUUGCCAUCAUUGAUUUCUCAACACCAUUUAAUAAUAACUUCAUCUCAUCCAAUCAUUCCUUCAUUUCGUGUGAACCAGUAUUUAAUACUAAACUUUUUUACAAACUGAAGUUCACAGUGUGUUCAUCAUCAUCAUUAAAAUUAUCUAGUCUUUUGUCCAAAUUUGGACAGGUACAGGAUACCAUUGUAACCUGUGUUUGCCUGAAUUAUCAGCACACAUUUAAAAGUGAUUCAAUGGCUUCAAUACCCUGUACCUCUUUCAGUGCUGCCAAAAUUCAUGAAAAUAUGAAGAAAGAAAAGCAGCAACAAAAACCACAGUUUAUGGGAGAAAAUUCUUUUUCAAAAGGAAAUGAAUUGCCUCCUACAUCAAAGUCUUUUUUGGAGAUUCUUACUCCACAUAACUAUAAUAGCAAAUUGAUGAACAGCAUUUGGGGUUUGUAUAAUAGAUAUGCACCAGAUGCUUUUCAGAAGAAUUCUGAAGGUUCACUCCCCAGAGCUGAAUUGGCUGCCCCUCAGGCCAAGACUUGGAGUCUUUGGACUUGGGGCCGCCUUAACUGAAGCUCUCUCAUUACCAGUCAACAUCCAAUAAGAAAUCAGCUAUCUGGUAUUGAGAAUUUUGCUUCAGUCUCAUCUUACCCAAUAUAUUGAAAUUGUUUGUUAUAACUGUAAAUGUUUAUUGUUCUGUAUUUACUAAUGUA